AAUUUCAGUAUACAUUAUGGAUUAAUUACUGUGUCUGAUUGAUUAAAUGCUGCACUGAGAGUCAGACUGAGCUGGCUGAUUGAUGGCAAUGAUCCCACUUCCCCGCCUAAUGCCUUAGUUACAUCCACUAAGAAUGGGGUAAAAGAUAUGAGCUGGAUGAAGCAUAAACGAAAAUCUUUUCCUAAUCCUUAAAAUCAAUAAUGACCUAGGAAAAGUAUGGAGGCCAGAUAAAUGACCAGCAGCUGGAGCAGUAGUGAUGCAUGAACGCAAUUAAGCGCGAGCACAACAUGAAACCCCAACACAGCUAAAUGAAAUUAAGAGCUGCACAGCGUAGGAGGCAGCAGGGCUGUUACUGCCGCUUAGGAGCACAAUACUCUAUUAAAACAUGCACAGUCUACCAUUUCAUGACAGAACUUUAGAAUUAUUUUUUCAUUUCUCAAUUCAUACCCCAAUUUAUUUAUUUUGUUUAUGUAUUUUACCAGUCGCUCUCUCUCGCUCUCUUCCGGCGCGCAGUAUGCAAAUUAACUUGCCUGGAAACUACUUUUCAUUGGAUGAAGUGUUGCCAUGGCAACACGACAACAUGCAAAAAUGGCGUUCCUUCAGUGGAGCUGCCAGGACGUGGCGAGGUGGAUAGAAUCACUCGGAUAUCCCCAAUACACGGCUUGUUUUACUGAGAAUUUCAUCACAGGCAAAAAGCUGAUUUACAUAAACUGCUGUUAUUUGCCUCGAUUAGGAAUCACAGACUUUGAACAUAUGAAGGCGAUCUCAGCACGUGUCCGUGAGCUGCUAGGCAUCUCGGAGCCAUUGUGGAGUCGCAGUAUUGCAGACCCUCCACAAGAUGAUAUGAACAUGUUUUUGGAAGUCAAAAGCAGGACUGGAGAAAGCGCUGAUUCCCUUACCUACACUCAAUUCCUCAAUUACCGAAAGAAGUAAACAGAAAGAUUACAGUAUAAACAGCUUAUGAAGUUCAAUUUAAAAAAAAAAAAAACCUGAAAAACAUUAAAGCUUUUCUUUUAAUUAUAA